AUGCCCCACCCCAACUUGUUCCAGGAUCUUUUCAGUCUGCUGAAUUUGAAAGAACCAGACAUAAAGGCAUCUGGUGCCAUAUUGACACUGGAUGGGAUAUUGACGAGCCGAAACCUGGACUAUCCAGGGGCGCUGUGGGGGCGGCGCUCGCCGCAGUCCGCUCGCGCGCGCCUCCCCCUCGCGCGCGCCCCCCCUCGCGCGUCCCGUCCCCCCCCCCCCCCCCCCCCGGCGGCGCCCGCAGCGUGUGUCGGGCGCGAGCGUCCGGGGCCCCCUCAGCCUCCCUCACGGCCGGGGACCGGGACCGACCACUGGGGACCAACCGCCGCCGCCGCCCCUGCAGCCGCCGGCCAUGAAUCCUUCCGGCUCUUCCCGCGGCCCGGCCGGGGCCCCGGCCAGUGGGAGGCUGCUCGGAGGGGAGUAGAGAGGCCAGACCGCCCGUCCGCCUCCACCGCCGCCACGUCCAUGACCCCGACCCCGCCUCCGGGGACCCCCGCCGCCGCCGCCGCCGCCGCCGCCUCGGCCUGA